GCCGGCGCAGGCGCGGUGGCCGCGUCGCCGCCGCCGGGCUCCGUGGCCCGCGCCGCUUCGCCUCCCCGGCACCUGAGGCGGCGGCCCGGCGGUCCUGCGGCUCUCCCUCCUGCCGCUGCCGGCCGCGGGGCCGAGGCCAUGUCCCGGAAGCAGGCGGCGAAGAGCCGGCCGGGCAGCGGCAGCCGGAAAGCCGAGGCCGAGCGCAAGCGGGACGAGCGGGCGGCGCGCCGGGCCCUGGCCAAGGAGCGGCGGAACCGGCCGGAGUCCGGCGGCGGCGGCGGCUGCGAGGAGGAGUUCGUCAGCUUCGCCAACCAGCUGCAGGCCCUGGGGCUGAAGCUGCGGGAGGUGCCGGGGGACGGCAAUUGCCUAUUCAGAGCUCUUGGUGAUCAGUUGGAGGGACACUCACGAAAUCAUCUCAAGCACCGACAAGAGACUGUGGACUACAUGAUAAAGCAGCGGGAAGAUUUUGAACCCUUUGUUGAAGAUGACAUUCCUUUUGAGAAACAUGUGGCCAGUUUGGCAAAGCCUGGAACAUUUGCAGGCAAUGAUGCCAUUGUGGCCUUUGCAAGAAAUCAUCAGUUGAAUGUGGUGAUUCAUCAACUUAAUGCUCCGUUGUGGCAGAUUCGUGGGACGGAUAAAAGCAACGGGCGGGAGCUACACAUCGCGUACCGGUAUGGAGAGCACUACGACAGUGUGCGCAGGAUCAACGACAACUCAGAGGCUCCCGCGCGUCUGCAGACUGAUUUUCAGAUGCUUCAUCAAGAUGAAUCAGAUAAAAGAGAGAAGAUCAAAACAAAGGGAGUUGACUUUGAAGAUGACCUGAGAGAUGAAGUAGAAGAUGCUGUCCAGAAAGUUUGCAAUGCAACUGGGUGUUCAGAUUUUAAUUUGAUAGUCCAAAACCUGGAAGCUGAAAAUUAUAAUAUUGAAUCUGCGAUAAUUGCCAUGCUCCAGAUGAACCCAGGGAAAAGAAAUAAUGCAGAGGAGAACCUUGAGUCCAGUGGCCGAGUACUGAAGCAGUGUGGCCCAUUGUGGGAGGAGGGCGGCAGUGGCACCAGAAUCUUUGGAAAUCAGGACUUAAAUGAAGGCAGGACUGAAAACAAUAAGGCGCGGGCCAGCCCUGGUGAAGAAAACAAAGCAAAUAAAAACCAGCUCCCAAAGGUCACAAACAAACAGAGGCGAGAACAGCAGCGACUAGAGAAGAAGAAACGACAGGAGGAGAGGCACCGGCACAAAGCCCUGGAGAACAGGAGUAGCCACAGAGACAACAACAGAAGCGAAGCAGAUGCGAGCACUCAGGUCACCUUGGUGAAGACCUUCGCGGCUCUCAACAUCUGACUCUAGCCUCCUGGGAGUUGUGAGAAGCGAAUGGAAAGCGGAGGGCCGUGUGCCCGGCUUUCCAGUGAGGCCAUCCUUUUACAGAAUGAAACUCAACCCACAGAAUCACACACUGAGUUAGUUUCUUUCAAGCUGCCUUUUUUUUUGUUCAGAGUUUUGUCAGUGAUACGUUUUAUUUAAUGAAAGUGCAGCGAAGCCAUUCAUGUCCCGUAAUUAAAAUAUCGAGUUUUAGGGGUGGAUAGUUAGGUCAAAAAAAAAAAACAAACAACUUUUUUAAGUGUGGUUUUAUUUGCCCUGAAAAUUAGAGCUCAGUGACCCCGGGAUCUUUUCUUAACACUUGGGGUGCGUUUCACUGUAAUUGUUCAUGAAGUAGUUUAGAUUAACUGCUAGAAAUUCAGAAUGACAAGUUUCCUUUGUUUCUUUUUCAUUUUCAAACAGACAUUAAUAUGCAGGAUAGUUUAUAAAUGAUCUCCAACUCAGGUACGUGUUUAGAAUUAACUUUCUUCUAAUCCAAGUUGAUCAGAAAAUAAUUCAGAAAGUGUUUUCCCAAAGUAAUAGGACAUGAAGGUUGUGGCCUGCAGUCAGUGUGGAAAUUAAAUAAUUGCAUUUCUCUUCUUCCUGAUUCUCAUGUUCGAAUGGGAUGCAGGUGCUGUUGGUUCGUUUCUACUCAAGCCAUAUGAUAAAUAGGCCUGACUGUUAAUUAGGUCUGGGCUUUGCUGGAAAAUUGAUAGUGUUGCUCAGUAUUUGGUACUUGUUUCUUGACAAUGAGAAGAUGGUAUAUUACUGCUUAUGAUGCAGUUCUGGGAUUCUGAUAGCGUGGAGCGCAGGAUCCAUAGUUGUAAAGGGAGAAAUCAAGAGAGUCUGAGUUUUUGCUCAGGAAGAGUCUGAAGAGUUAGUUCAUUUUGUAGGGGGAGGGUGUCUGGAAGAAUAUCUAAGGUUUUUCAUGUCCACAUUUUAAGUAAGUCACUAUCUUUUCUUCCCUACUAUUCUAGAUUUUGAAAGAUGCCUUCAGAGAAAUAAAAGGUAACUUGAUCUGUUGCCCAGUUUUCUUAGUAUUGUGAAAAUGAAAUCCAAUAAAAUGCUGCACUUACUUCUUUUUAGUUAAGCCCUGUUUGGGAUUUUGCUGUUGGGAAAACUCUCCAGCACCCUCCGGAAGUUGUCAGUGACUUAGGUUAGACCAGCAGGGCAGAGGACGUACUUUGGCUGAGGCCUUUGAAUGACACCACAGUGCUGAAAUAGAUUUGGGCAGUGGAGAGGUGUCAUUCCUCAAACUGAAUUAGGUGGAUGUGAACUUUAAAACUGUAAUGUAUGAAGUGGCCAAUCUUGGACUGUCUUUACCUUUUGGAGACCUCAUAUUUGGAGAAAUAAUAUAUGCUGAAUCAAAAGGUAAGUUAUUAGUUACCUCCCCCAUCUCAGGUUUCAAAAUUAUCAGAGUUCUGGGGCAAAGGGAAAACGCUGAGAAGGUUUUGACACGAAUGCGCGUGUCAUUGUGUGGGUGGCCUUGGGUUCAUUGGAUUGUUUUUAUCAGCAGGUGAUUUGCUUCCUUUGGUUUUGAUGAUGUAUUUUAAUUUUUGUUGUUUGACUUUGGUGACUUUUUGUGGUUGGAGCCUCAGUAGUCUCUUGGAAAUGCUCCCAGGACAUCCUGGUACAAUACAUCGUAAUACGUAGCAAAUUUAGAAACUGCACAGCAUUUUUUCUUUGCACAUUGUGGAGUCCUGAGUUAGAGCCUCUAGUACUCAGUCCAAACAAGUGAGGGGUCUCCGUUGCCUCACUGUCUCCAAGGAAGGGAGGUUCAGUGCUUUAGAAUCUGUUCUCUUGGCUUUCAACUCUGGACACAUUCCUGACUGUGGCUGAGCAUUUCUGAGUGAGCCCUCUUUCUUGUCUGUUUUGUGCUGUGAGAGUACAGGAGACCAGAUCCUCUCAGAAGGAUUAAGAUCGUGUACCAGAAAUGCAGCAGAAUUAGGAGUCAGAAAUAGCUCAAGGGAGGAAGCUGUUGUCAGAAGCAGUAGGAUUGCUUUAUGUACUUGGUUAAUGAAGGUGGCCAUGGGCCCUGUUAGGUUUUAGAAGUUGCUGAAAAGUUACUAAAGAAUAUUGGGCACAUUUAUUUAUAAAUUACCUAAUUCGGAUAAUAGGCUUUGGCUUUUCUUGGGUAAAAUAACAGUGGUUUUAAAAACUAAUCAGAUGGCUUCAGUAAUUUUCUUUUAUUACCAUUUCAUAGUUUUCCAGUUAUAACUGGUGGUCUAUGUUUAGUGUGUUAAUUAUUAGGAAUGGGGUACAUGUAUCCAACUUUAGUAAUAUCUUCUAGCUAAGGGUUUAAAUUUAGACUUCACUGCCUCAGUCCCACCAAAGUGUGAGGUGGAUGACAUCCACGUAGUACUUCAUUGCCUUGGUAGGCACUUGAGAACUACCAAAAUGGAGGCCCAGUGUGCUUAGUCCUGGGAUGACUGGUCAGUGGUGGUUACCUGGCUUGGUUGCUCAGGUGCACUGCAUAGUAGGAAGUGACUCUUUCUUAACCUCUGUGGCUGUUAGAGGUUUGUUAUGUAUUUCCGUAGCUUUGGUCAGGAGACGGGGUAUGGGGCAGUGGUCCAUAGCUGCUUACUAGUCUUAUAAACUGUAUAUAAAGGUUUUAUGGAUUUAAAAAAAAGAUUUUUUUAAAGGUCAAAAUAAGAAAUAAAAUUUUAGUGGCAACAGCUUUGUACUUAGAGAGGUAGAUGUAUUAAAACAACAUAGAACCACAACUUCUAAAUUAAUAUAGUUGCCACAGGAGACAUUAGAGAAAGAAGGUAUAUGUAUAUUUAAUUUUUCAAUAAUAGGAACAUAGGCUUUCAGGAUUGAAGUCUGGUUGAAGAAUUGUGGCAGAAAGAAGAAUCUUAAGUGUCACUUGAACUUCUCUAUAGUUUCUUUUAUAAGCUCUGAAAACACUUCCGGACCCAUUGUGAUUCUGAGGGCUUGUGAAGUAGGAUCUCCGUUGUGGGGCAGCUGGAAUGGGCUUUGAGGGAGCCUUUGUGUAGGCAGUUUUUAAUGCACUGCCUGCCUCCCUGGGGAGCUUCCACAGUGUGAAACGAUAUGGUCCCCGGGGUGGGGGGAGGGCCCUGCUAAGGGGGGAGAGCUGCUCAUAUGUUAAGUAGGUAGAUAUCAGAUGGACUUGGCAUUGAACUAUGUUCGUAGUGAGUCCCUGUCGUCAAUGUGCAAUUUCUCUCAUUCUGAGAAACUCUCUAGACUGCCUGGGUUUUACUGGGUCCACAUAGAAUGCUGUCAAUUUACCUCUGUGAAAUGUUCAACUCGAAUGUGCAGUCGGUUGAAGGAAACUUGGAUUCCGAGUCAGAGCUGGCUAACAUUCACCCUGACCAGAGGGUCUGUGGGGGUGGGGUGACAGUGGAGCUUCUUGGUUUCAGUGUCACAUCCGUGGCCCUCUCUGACUCCCAUUUCGGGUGGACGCGUAGCUCUUCACCUUUUUACCUCAAGGCUCUGUCUAUCUAUAGCAAACCUUUAGACUCAGAGUCUGAUGCAGUUUUUUUUUUUGUUUGUUUUGACAUUUUCAUUAUCCACUGUUUUGUUCAUCUCAGCUUUCAGAGCAGGCAUUGCUCAAACUCUGGGGCCUUCCAACAGUUGUUCUGAGGUGAUUUAAUAAUGGCACUUUCUAUAAGGUGUGUUUUUCUGACUGUAAAGCAAAUUGUAUUUUUCCACUGAUGUUGGAAGAUCUCAAUGGUAUAUUUCAAUGAUGGCACACCUUCUGCCAUCACAUACGAGGCAGGGAAUGGAUAAUUGGUUUGAAGUGGAGACACCAAGCACCAGUCACGAAGUGCGUGUGCAAUACAGAACUGAGAAGGUGCCCCAUGGGGCCUGGCCCUGCAGAGGACCUGGGCCUCGUUGACUGCCUGGCCCCAUCUGUCCAAGGUAACAUUCCCUGUGAAAACCUCAGGCUCUUAACCAUUUCCUCUGAGAGAUUACCUUCUAGAGCCUCGCUCUCCUAGUUCGGGCUACUUUAUAGCUUGAUUAAAAUGUGUAGCAUCCUUGCAAAGUCGCUUGAGAAGGAGCUGGUCCCAGUAAAGAAUAAUCUCUGUAAAAGCACGAACUUUUGUGCGGUGACUUUGGUUUAAGCAGGGCAUGCCCCUGGUCCAGAACUACUUCUGCUCACUGUGUUGUAGCCCUGGAAGAUGAUGACCGCUGGACAAAACCUUGAUGGACUGCCCCUCAUCCUCCGCGUCUCGACAUCCAGCAUGUCACUGUUGCCAGCCGUCUGUGACAGUUAUUUGAGCGCAAUUGCAAACCUCAGCCUGUAGUUCCAUCCCCUGGCAGGUCCCUCGACCAAAACUUGAGGAAUGCGGGUGUGGGCUCCUCUCAUGGUUCAUUUUCCGUGGGGAGAAGGGCUCUUGGCCUCCCUGGCUACCCUGCCAGCAUCCUCCACCAGCACUGAGCUCAAUGAGGAGAAGAAAAGAGCCAGGAGCCAGAUGUCAGACCCCUGUGUUCCUCUUGCAGGGGUUGAAGCGCUGGUGGGUGUUAAUCCCCUUUAUGAAGGAGGGCAGGUGGCUCUGUGGAGAAUACAGGGGCCUUUACAGGCUCAGCCACCUUCUCUUUUUCCUAAUUGCACUAUACUUGUUCUCGCUGCAGCCCGGAGAUAGUUAAGACCUCUGUUGGGUCAUGAUCCAUAGACUUCGCAAGUCUUGCCUUAUGUGUGAUGCUCGACGGGGAGAGAUGUGACCAUUGUCUGAUGUCCGUGGUUCAUUUCCUCCAGGAUGUUUCCUUCCUCAGAUUGUGUUGCUCUGAACCAUUUUAUUUUUUAUUUACCAAAGUACUGUACUUGGCUAUUUGCAGUGUUUUCAAAACCAAAUGUUUCUUUUUUUUGUGUUUUUAAUCUUCAAUACUUGGUGCAAUAGAAGCUGCAAAAAUGUGCCACUUUAUCUAUGAAAUGGAGUUUUGUAUACCAGUAAAUUCUAGUUUAAA